GGGCAGCACACUUGGCCAUGAUGUUUGAUGACUUGGACAAUAUUCCACAGCUUCCAGAAGAUAUAUCGAUGAAUCAGUUUAUCCAGCAAGCCAAAGUAGAAAUGCAAGCAGCCCGACAAUCACCAGUCUUGCCAUUUCAUUCAAAGGGAUCAACUACUCGCACCAAUAUUGAAACACCGCCUACCGUUCCACUACUGCCGACUCCACAACAAAAAACAAAUGGAGGAACUAGUAGCAAUGUGUCUGCUACAAACGACUCAUCUCUCAUGACAAACCCUCUUCGUGUCCGUGCCAAACUCGACGAAGAGAGAUUACUGAGUCCGACUGGACUUCCAUUACUGCUCAAGUGUGCCAAGAAAAUGAGAUUUGGUGGCAAAGGAUCCGAGUUGAAGAAUCUGGAACGACUACUCAAAAUGUAUCAGAUCUGGGGACUAGAAGUCUACCCAAAACUCAAGUUUGGAGCAUUUAUUGAGCGUACCGAGAAUGUUUGCAAAAAGAGGCGAAUGAAGCUGUUUAUGAUGCAGUUGAUGAAGAAUCAGGAACGCAAAGAGCUGGGUAUUCAUGGCAUUGAAGCAGAUUAUGACAGUCAAGCAGAGCAGACUUCUGAUGACGAUUGUGAGGAUCAUAUUCGUGUCGACCCAAAUGCUGAUAUCUAUGAAGAGUUGGAGUUACAGAGAGCAGCUGAAUCCGAAGCUUUUGCCAACACAAUUGCUCAAGAUCCAUCUCUUGAUUUGACAGAAGAUCUUGAUGAUCAAAUACCAGUCUCUCAAAGCUUGCUUCUCAAGCGCCGCAAAAAUGCUAUUGUUGAUUCCGAUGAAGAUACAGAAAAUACGGCUCCAAGUAGAAACCCAACCAAAUCAUUAAUAUCCGAUCAACCUAGAUAUAAGCGAUCUACAUUGAAUCUGCCAGAAUCAGGAUCUACUCCAACAACCUCUAAUCUCACUUCCAACUCUGCAUCAGAUGCAGAGUUGGCUCUAAAACAAAAGGAAAUCAUCGAUUCCAACCGACAGCGUGCCAUGCUCAAGUUGGCCGAGAAACAGGCCGAGCGCGAACGUGCACUCAAGAAUACUCGUCGAGUCGAGGAAGAAGCUCGUGUAGCAGCAAUGCUUGCAGAAGCCAGUCCUUUCUUCACAGACAACUGACUGCUCGACGAAUGGCUAAUAAAUAUCGAGUUAGAUUUG